CUCUAUAAAUAAUGAAGAAGAUUUACAGGUUGAGUGAAUACUCAACCUUUCUUAUUUCUUGCAUGGAAAGAAAGAAAAUGAAAGCUACCUCUGUUUUACAGUUAAGUCUUUCUCUAAUUUUGUGCUACCUUAGCACCCAAAAAUGUUAUGCAGGAGAAGCAGAUGUUGUAAGGGAAUUUCUCAAGGCUCGACGUGCAAAUCACUUGCAAAGUACACCAAGUAUUAACAGUGGCCUAGCGGCUGCUGAGAAACGGAGAUCAGCAUUUGUGUCACAGGUAGGAUCAAAGGAAGAUGACAAGAUCUCAACAUUGCCAGGGCAACCUAGUGGUGUGAGUUUUGAUCAAUAUUCAGGAUAUGUUACUGUUGAUGCUGAUGCUGGUAGAGCAUUGUUCUAUUACUUCACUGAAUCAACUCAAGAUCCUUCUACCAAGCCUCUUGUUUUGUGGCUAAAUGGAGGACCUGGUUGCUCUUCAUUUGGGGCUGGAGCGAUGAUGGAACUUGGACCAUUCCGCGUAAAUAAAGAUGGAAAAACCUUGUGGCUCAACCCUUUUGCCUGGAACAAUGUGGCAAACAUCCUCUUUUUAGAAUCACCUGCUGGAGUUGGAUUCUCUUAUUCUAAUACAUCAUCAGAUUAUACUACUGGAGACGAAAAGACCAGACAAGACAGUUUCACCUUUCUCGUCAAUUGGAUGGAAAGAUUCCCAGAAUAUAAACACCGAGAUUUCUAUAUUACUGGAGAGAGUUAUGCUGGCCACUAUGUGCCUCAACUUGCUCAGCUGAUCUUAUCCUACAAGGAAACAGAACCAAACCUUGUCAUUAACUUGCAAGGAAUAGCAACUGGAAAUGGCAUCAUCGAUGAUGAAACAAUGAACAGUGGUACAUACGACUUUUAUUGGACCCAUGCUCUAAUAUCAGAUGAAGUCCAUGAAGGAAUUGUCUUGAAUUGCAACUUCUCGGCAGAGACAACCUCAAAAGCAUGUAAUGAGUACAUUAAGCAAGCAGAUUCAUCUCAAAGCAAUAUAUACGCUUACAACACAUAUUCCCAACUGUGCAACUCCUCUGUCUAUACUUCCCUUCCUGUAGAUGGAUUUGAUCCAUGCUCAGCUGAUUACGUAGACAAUUACCUGAAUAGUGCUGAAGUACAAAAGGCACUUAAUGUCAAAGAUACACCCUAUUCCUGGGAUUCCUGCAAUGGUUUCAUAUUCGGCUCUUGGCAGGACUCCCCGCAUUCUGUUCUAACAGUCUUUCAAGAGCUCAUGCAAAGUGGCAUUAGGGUUUGGAUUUAUAGUGGAGACAUAGAUCAUAUGUUAUCUGUGACGACAAGUACAUAUGCCAUAGACAAAAUAAAAACACCAGUCAAAACACCAUGGUACCCUUGGUUCUUCCAAGGCGAGGUUGGUGGUUAUGCAGUAGAAUACCAGAACUUGACAUUUGUGACAGUAAGAGGAGCAGGACAUUUCGUUCCAAGCUAUCAACCAGGCCGCGCAUUGACCAUGUUCUCAUCUUUCAUCAAUGGCACGCUCCCUCCUCAUCUACACUAAACAGACAGAAGAGAAAAGAUUAUUGAGUGGGAAAAAGAAAAGGAAAACUGAUUACAUAAGGAACAUUAAUCUUGUAGAACUACUACCCAAUUAUGAUAUUCCAAACAAGGAGAUGUAGUAUAAAUUAUGGACUAUGUGUUAUUCUCAUUAUAAAAAAAAAAAAUCACUUUAAU